UCUACUUCCCUGGUGCUUGGACUAACACAUUCUCGGGUUUCCCUCCCAAGUCCGAAAGCAUCUUCUUACUCGAAAAAGAUGCCAUCACAAGUGUCAGACAUGAUCGAGCCACUGAGGGAAGUGAGAGAUGGGUAUCUGAUACCUCUUAGUUUAGGGACUCCCCCACAAGUCAUCGAAGUAUAUAUGGAUACUGGGAGUGACCUAACUUGGGUUCCUUGUGGCAAUCUUUCUUUUGUUUGCAUGGAUUGUGAUGACUAUAGGAACAACAAACUAAUGGCCAUUUUCUCUCCUUCAGCUUCUUCUUCAUCUCUUAGAGACCUUUGUGGUAGCUCAUUUUGCAUUGACAUCCAUAGCUCGGAUAACUCCAUCGAUCCGUGCACCAUAGUCGGAUGUUCACUUGCUACCCUUCUUAAAGGCACAUGUCCGAGACCAUGCCCUUCAUUUGCUUACACUUAUGGCGCAGGGGGGGUUGUCCAAGGGGCACUUAGUAGAGACACAUUAAGGGUUCAUGGAAUUAGUAGCACCCCUAAUAAUGUCGUCACUAGGGAAAUUCCAAAGUUUUGUUUUGGGUGCAUUUGGGCUAGUUAUAGAGAGCCUAUUGGGAUUGCAGGGUUUGGUAGGGGAGCACUUUCCCUCCCAUUCCAAUUAGGGUUUCUACAGAAGGGCUUCUCUCAUUGCUUCUUGGCUUUCAAGUAUGCAAACAACCCUAAUAUUUCAAGUCCUCUAGUCAUAGGAGAUGUUGCUAUUUCUUCAAAAGAAAACUUGCAAUUCACUCCAAUGUUGAAGAGUCCCAUGUACCCUAGCAACUACUACAUUGGUCUAGAGGCCAUCACAAUAGGUAAUACUAGUACAGUUACACAAGUGCCCUCAAGCUUGAGAGAGUUUGAUUCGCAAGGCAAUGGGGGCAUGCUCAUUGACUCAGGAACCACUUACACUCAUUUGCCUGAGCCAUUUUACUCCAACCUUCUCUCCGUUAUUGAGUCGGUGAUUUGGUAUCCUAGAGCCAAGGAAAUGGAGACAAAGACCUCUUUUGAUCUUUGUUAUUUAGUCCCACACACAAUGAAUAAUACUCUCAUAGACCAGGAUGAUCUACUCCUUCCCCCAAUCACUUUCCAUUUCUUGAAUAAUGUGAGUCUUGUUUUGCCCCAAGGAAAUCACUUCUAUGCCAUGGGAGCUCCAGUAAACUCCAGUGUGGUGAAAUGCUUGUUGUUCCAAGUAAUGGAUGAUGGAGAUUAUGGGCCAGCUGGGGUGUUUGGGAGCUUCCAACAACAAAAUGUGGAGGUUGUGUAUGACUUGGAGAAAGAGAGAAUUGGGUUUCAGCCAAUGGAUUGUGCUUCUGCUGCAGCCUCUCAAGGACUUCACAAAAACUAA